UACACUACACAUUUACUUUUCCCUUAUCUAUUUUAGUGGGAGUGAUUGCAGGCCUGGGUUUGUUCUGGAUACUGUGUCUUACCUGAUCAGGGUCUUACCUGAUCAAGUAAGAGGCAGCAUCCAGGGGGGGACAAACCUACCAUUCCGCGCUUAGCUCUCAUUGAGGACGGAGGUAUCUAAAAUGACGGAGGUAUCUAAAAGUCGAAGAAAGAAGACUAAAAUUGAAGAGCUCUUGCUUUGACAGCUAAGUCCUUUUGAGUUAUUAUAUAUUGUACUGUCUUCUUGACUUCAUUUAUAUUAUUUUAUUAGCUAGUUAUUAUUUAUUAGUAAAUUAUUGUUUUUUGUUAAUAAAUUGUUUUUAUCCCAGUCAGUUUUUAUCCAUCCAUCAUCAAAUAUGGUAGCUUUGCUGUGUUGUGUGUUCCUACUGCAACUGCUUUGUAAAAGAGCUCAAAACUGAAGCAACAUGAUUUGAUAAAUUUCCUCUUGACUUGCAAAGUAACGACUUUUAUAACAACGCUCUUAGAGGGUAAUGAUAACCUGAAAGCACUACAGGAAAACAACUUAAAUUCUUCCGUUACGUACAUGACUCUGGUGCUAAUAAAAAGAAUAUUGGAACAUACAGGUCACAAACAAACAAGCCAUAGUAACCAACUCUUGAAUGGAAAUGUUGUGGAGAUGUUGUUGGAUAUAUUGAACAGUAGUGAAAAAAACUUGUGUAUGGUGGCUGCAGUUGAUAUCUUAUGCUGUUUUUCUUUGCAGCACAGAGAAGCCUGUGAACGGAUUUCAAAGAGCAAUGGGCUUGUUACAUUGUCUCAGUUUAUAAAGAAAGAUGAUGCUCAAAAAAUGCUACUUUCUUCUGGAAUUGAAAAAGAUUUUUUUUGCUUUGAUGAUCACAUGUUUGCAUAUAAUUUUUACCAUAUUGAAUGCUGUGUGAAUUUUGAGGAAAAGGAAUGGAAGGUACCUGAGACAAUCAAUAGAGAAUCGGGUGUACUGUUGCUACAAAUUGGAUUUGAACUAAAGAAAGCAUCAAUGAAAAUCCUAAUGCAGAUUGCUGAUUUAAACAACAGAUUUCGAUUACUUCUGUAUAACCAGGAACGAUGCAUGAAGCCAAUAUUAAGUUGGUUGAGUAAUCCAGCGUGCCAUCCAUCCACACAUAUCAUGUUCCAGUUUUCAUCACAUAUCAUCUCCAACUUGUUGCUUAGUGAGGAGAUCGCCAUAAAACUCAUCAACAAUAAUAACCUGAUCAAUACGUUGGAUGUGGGAUUGUAUUCUGCUGGCUGGCACAUUUCUCGUCAAUUUCAAAUGCUUGUACAUGGUAUUGCAAAACAGGGUGGUACAGUUCGAGAGAAAUUGGCUGAAAACAAGGGUAUUUUUGAAGCCUUGGUGUGUCAAAUGUAUUCAAUAGACGAAGACGUGCAGCCAGCCCUCAUUGCUCUGGUAGCGGAACUUGCUCAGGGCCGAAAGACAGCUACUGAAUUACACAAGGCUGGGUGCACACCACAACUGUUAAUUGACACAGGACAUUUUUACGGCCAUUCGUAUAGAAGACAAAUCGAGCGUGCUCGUUGUGGUUUUGUGAAGCAUGUAAAAAGUUGGCGCAAAGAGGAACGGUUAAUUAGAAGCGAGCGCAAUGAAGAUAGCUUAACCAUUCGUCAUCAAGUUGAGAAUUUAAAAAAUAAUGGUAACGAUGAAUUUAAAAAGCAAAAGUAUGAGCGCGCUGUCGAGUUCUAUACACAGGCGUUAAAGAUUUGCCCUGUUCGUAUUAAAUGUCCUGAUGGGGAGAAUUGUCCGUCUUGGGAUCCGAGAAUGGGUGUCGGCAAUGACGUUCACCAUUGGUGGGUUCUUCCAGCUACCCUAUUUGCAAACAGAGCUCAGUGUCAUCUUCAAAUGGGAAAAUGGCAGGAGUGUAUCCGUGAUAGCACUAGAUCCAUUUGUUCCUGUUGGAUACCCUGUGACGAGGGUGGACCCACCCGAAGUAGUAUCUUCUUAAAGGCUGUCUACAGGAGAGCGCGUGCUUGGUAUGAGAUGGAAGACUACUUAAAAGCGCUCAAUGACAUAUCGUGCUGUCAUGAGUUGGAACCAAAUGAUCAAAUGUUUACUGAUAUGUAUAAGGAGUGCCUUUUGCUGUAUCGCAAGUACUACAGACGAGAGCUUGUCCGUCAUUGUGGAAACUGCGGUGCUGGGGAAGGUAUUCAACUACGAAGAUGUGCCGGCUGUUGUGAGGUGUACUGCUCAAAAAAAUGUCAAACGACUGAUUGGACUGCCGGUCAUAAAGAGCUGUGCGCGAAAUUCUCGACAGCUGAAGAAUGAUUCUUGCUGGAAAUUUUCUUCAUAUUUUUGUAUUUUUUCAUUUUUUUCAUUUUUUUUUGUAUCUUUAUGUAAUUUCUUUUAACCGCGGAAUAUAUUAUCACGUGUUA